AUGAAAAUCUUUCUCAUCAUAAUCUUGGUUUUCAACACCUUGGUCGGUGUUGUUACAUGUUUCCCGGAUGAUUCUGAUAAAGCUUUACUGGCGAUCUACGAAAGUACUGGCCAGUGUUUCCACUACGUAAGCGCCGAGCAAAACAGGGACAAGUCAGUGGCACUAUGCCAGCAGUGGUGCAAGAAGAACUCCGAUUCGGAUAGUUAUGGGUGCGACGGUACCCCAUAUCAGGGAAAGCAUAUCGACGCGUCUCUAAUACAGAAGGAUGCCGACGGUAAUCAAUGGGUUCCAGCCAAAUGCUUUUGCGACUUGAAGGUUGCCGAGGAACUCCUCAAUAUCGUCGUUGAAGGUCUCGCUAUCCUCGAUAAGAUUAUUUGCGCAGCGAUGCUGGAAGCGUUCCAGUCCAUCAUCGAUGUCGGCAUAAACUUCAUCCCUGGAGGUGCCGCUCUUAACGGAGCUAGAGCCGCCGUUCAAGGAGCCAAAACCUUUGCCGAGAACGGGCUAGAGGCCGCUUCCUUCUUUGGUGACUGGGUUGGGCCUGCAUGUGGAGUUCGUGAUUGGAAGUUUGACCUCUUUGGGGCCUUAGUCAACGCGCCUGACUCUAUGGGGGUCAGCACCGGCUGCCACAAGAAAGAUAAAACGGCUUGCUUUUACGAGACUGGAGUCCCCAAUAUCAAGUGUCGAAAGCAAUGGUCGCAAGCCUGUUACCAUUACUCGUCCAUGACUGAGUGGACCUGCGGUGCAACUCAAUCGACCAGCAACGACGGCUCAGCCACCGACGUCUGGGGAUCGACGGCUAUAGCGGCAUUGGCUCUUACCAACCAGCACUGGGGAUGGCCAUGGGCUAACGGUUUUGUGCCACGUCGUGUUUUGAGGCAUGCGAACGGUCUGCCGAAGAAGGAUAAAUACGGAAACGAGAUGGCUGUUGGCUGUGACAGAGACGAGUUUCCACCUCGUUACUUUUGGCCCAAGGCUAAUGAAGCAGAAGAGAAAGGCAUGGUGCAACGAAUUCGUUUCCUCCCAUACGAUGAGAACCGUAAAGCCGGAGCCAUGUGGCGUGGGUUUUGUAACAAGAAUGGCGCUCAAUCUUCGACUACCCGCACCAGUACCGUGACGUCUUUCAUUCAGAGCAAGUUCAUCAGGACCGUCAACGCCAAUAGUCGAACUGCUAAAGGCGUGGACGCGGUAACCAGCUGGGUUUCCAUCGAAACAGCAAGAGCUAUCUUCAAAAUCACCGACUGGGAUGGUCUCCCAAAAGACACAAAGUGGUACGGCCUUCGGGACAACAAAUGCUGGCCCAAAGAUCUUACGCCUGAUGACCCUGGAUGGGUUCUUUUGACCAACGACGAGUUUUACUCCGCCGGGCAGCAUCCUGACCUUGCGCAACACACGCAAAGUUAUAGGGGCUUGCCAGAUCUCACGCUGUUAAGGCGAGUUCUGCAGCAACGCAAGAAUCAGCCGCCGUACGAAUUCCGCGAGCUCAAUAGUACAGAGUACGACGACAAAAAGAUUCGAGAGGGUAAUGGUGUCGGUCAAAUUCCAAGAGCAUACCGCGACAAUGUGUUACCCGGCAUGCCCCAGGCCAAAAGACGAUGCAGAAUGAUUUGGGCCGAAGAAAAUGACGAUGCACAAGCCUGGGAAGAUGAUCAAUCCAUUGAAAUCCUCGAGGGCUUAGAUGAAGAUGAAUUUGAGAAUCAGAUCGAAGAGGACUUGUACAACGGUGAAGAAGCAUCGAUGAUGAUGCCGAGGGAAACAGAAGCGAUUCUGACUCUCGCUGGUCAGGGCGACACCACGACCAUUCCCCCCUUUCAAGCCUCCAUCGCAACAAACGGGUUUCCUCAAUCCACUCAAGGGUAUCGUUCAUAGCGAGAUCUGACCCGUAUACUUCUACGUAUAACCGAUUGAUCGCUCCUGAAUGGUGGCUCUUAUGCACCUUCAUAAUCCACUUCUUUAUGACGACUGUUUGACCUCUUCUUUCUCUUCCACUUGCCCAUUUAUCUUCGGUCACUCCAGGACAAUACCUUAGAUCUCAUCCUAUAAUGAAUAAGUACUCUUUGAAGCAGUAAUACACGAUUAGCAAAAUGAGUUUCUGAAUAUAAGCACUUUUCUUGUUACUUUUCUAUCCGUCAGCAUAGAUUCUCAGGUGGUGGCAACGUGC